AUGGAUCACGGUAACAUGGGUCAUGGCGGUAUGGACCACGGCGGCAUGGACCAUGGCAACAUGUGCAACAUGAACGUAAGCCUAUAUCAACCUCCCCAAAGCACUCGAGAAGAGAAGACUAGCAAACUAACACACGAUACCCCGGAACAGAUGCUCUUCACCUGGAACACCGAAAACCUCUGCAUCGUCUUCAAAUCCUGGCGCGUCACCUCCACCUUCUCCCUCUUGUGGAGUCUACUCGCCAUCAUCGUAUUGACAGCCGGCUACGAACUCAUCCGCGAAGUCUCGAGAAAGUAUGAGAGUAAAGUGCAAAGAGAGAUUGAUGACUCGCCCAGUAAGUUUUUGUCCCUCUUCCUUCCUUUGAUGUCUCUUGUUGUAUGUGUGUUUUUUGCCUUUGCUCUUGUCUUUGCUGAGAUGUCUUGGGGGCUAAAACAUUUGUGCAAACAAAAAGAUGAUCAAGAACAAAGCUCAUUGCUCGCAUCUUCAGGACAAUCUGCCGCCGACAAGCAGGCCAAAUCAAAGACUAUCAAGGCUGCUUUGUAUGCCGUGCAGGUGUUUUAUUCGUUCUUCAUCAUGUAA